AUGCCUACGCCCAUGCGUAAUAUAUCAUACGCCGCAAAUCGACAAGAUAUUCGCAUCUCAGCAGAAACCCCGUCGCUCUUCUCACCUGUAAUAGAAGUUUUAAAAGGAUUCACCGCAAUGCAGAAUGCCAAUCAUGGCGCGCGAAGAUCUUCAUCAACUGACAUCAAGGGCGGCCGCAAUACGUCUCGGCGAGACGAAAUCAUGGAGAUCCAUAGCCAGGCGCUCGAAUGUCCACGAUACUCGAGGCGAUAG